UCCGUCCAUUUCCAUUCAGCGUCACUCCCAACCUCCUUUUUAACCGGGACAACAUGGCGACUACAGCGAACCGUUACUACAGCGAAGACGGCAGGGCAACGAAACGACAGAAAACCGACGGGAUGGCCACGGGAUACGAAGAUCCACACAAGACUCUCCCAUCUGUGGUGGUGCACGUCCGAGGACUUGUAGAUGGUGUUACUGAGGCUGAUCUUGUGGAGGCCCUGCAGGAAUUUGGAGCGAUCAGUUAUGUGGUGGUGAUGCCCAAGAAGCGUCAGGCCCUGGUGGAAUAUGAGGACAUGAACGGGUCAUCCACAGCUGUCACUUACGCUGCAGACAACCAGGUUUACAUCGCAGGCCACCCUGCUUUUAUCAACUACUCAACCAGCCAGAAGAUCUCCAGGCCGGGGGACUCUGACGACUCAAGGAGCGUGAACAACGUUCUUCUGUUCACCAUCAUGAACCCUAUCUACCCCAUCACUACGGAUGUUCUCUACACAAUCUGCAACAACUGCGGGCCUGUCCAGAGAAUCGUCAUCUUCAGGAAGAACGGCGUCCAGGCCAUGGUUGAAUUUGACUCUGUGCAAAGCGCUCAGCGAGCCAAAGCAUCCCUCAACGGAGCCGACAUCUACUCCGGCUGCUGCACGCUGAAAAUCGAGUAUGCCAAGCCAACUCGUCUGAAUGUGUUCAAGAACGACCAAGACACCUGGGACUACACAAACCCCAAUCUUGGAGGCCCAGAUGGUGAUGCAGAUGGCAAUGGGAGCAAUGCAGAAGACGUGAACGCCAACCCCAACAAACGGCAGAGACAGCCCGCCCUGCUGGGUGACCACCCUCCAGAAUACGGAGGCGGUUAUCACGGCUACGACGAGAGCUACGGGUCCCCACCCUACGAUGGACGCCGCAUGGGCCAGCAGAUGAGAGGGCGUGGUGGAAGAAGCUACGGGCCCGGUUACGGACCUCCUCCCCCUCCUCCCGGAGAGUACGGUGGCCACGCCGAGUCUCCAGUAAUCAUGGUGUACGGACUGGAACCCGCCAAGAUGAACGCCGACCGUGUCUUCAACAUCUUCUGUCUCUAUGGGAACGUAGAGCGGGUGAAGUUCAUGAAGACUAAGCCAGGGGCUGCCAUGGUGGAAAUGGGAGACUGUUACGCAGUGGACCGUGCCAUCACCAACCUGAAUAACAACUUCCUCUUUGGACAGAGGAUAAACGUGUGCGUGUCCAAGCAGCAGGCCAUCGUCCCCGGUCAGUGCUACGAGUUGGAGGACGGAUCGAGCAGUUUCAAGGACUUUCACGGCUCCAGGAACAACCGGUUCACCUCACCGGAGCAGGCUGCCAAGAACCGCAUCCAGCACCCGAGCAACGUGUUGCACUUCUUCAACGCCCAGCCAGACGUCACACCAGAGAUUUUCUCUCAGCAGAUCUGUGAAGAGAUUGGAGUCAAGGCCCCCGUCAACGUCAAAAUGUUCACAGGAAAGAGCGGCGCCGCACCCAGUGACCGCAGCGCUUCAGGUCUGCUAGAGUGGGAGUCCAUCAACGACGCCAUGGAGGCCCUGGCCAUGAUGAACCACUACCAGAUGAAGAACGCAGGUAAACCUGGUCCGUACCCCUACACCCUCAAAUUGUGCUUCUCCACGGUUCAGCACACCAACUGAGCGCGCCCUGCGUGCCAGGAAGUCAAAGAUUGGUCCGCCAUUCCCAAGUUCACAUGUACUUAGACAAUGACUGCUUGCAACACUCCGGGGGGGGAAAUUGAUUUUCAAAAGAAACACCUCUUAUAAUGUUGGAUAAAUUUCACGAUGUAAUUCUCACAUUGGAAACGCCGUGUAGACCAAACGAAGACAAACCGGUCACUGAAAAUGUUUUGAUAUUUAUGCCCCAGACGUGGUUGGAAGCAUCAGUACGUGUGUCUUUAAUAUUCAGUUGUCAUUUUUACUUUUUUGUAUUAUGCUUCUACAGUUACCCGACAUGUGAGAAAUCCUAUUUGAAAGAGUUGAUUUUAUGCUCAGGUGGUUCAGUGGCCAUGGACGACAUGGUUUUGUAGAAGAUUUGUCUUUUGGAAUUUUUAUGGCUCUCUCUCGUUUUUUCUUUUGUGUUAUUUUAAUUGCAACAUAUUACGUUUUGUGUCUCCGUGUCUGAUAUGCUGUUGGAGAAGUGUUUUGUUCUAAGAAAAUAAAAAAAGUCAAUUUAACGUUUA